UGAUUUGAUGAGCAAGGGGAUCUUGUUGCCUGCCUGCCUGCCUGCCUCGUUUCUUCUUUACCUUCUUUUUCAAUCUUCCCAUUCAUUCACUUCGUCUUGUUUCUCUCAACCAUCAAACCCUAACCCUAUCUAUCCAUCGAUUCAACUUCUCUCAAUCCGACUCAUGAUUCACCACUUCUCGCUCUUUUUCUAAACCGCAUGGUGAUCGAUUGCAUGGGUUUACAGCAUGCCUCAGCUUCGUAGCGGAGUGCGACGUGCUCGUGCAGCGCCGGUAACCGAAAAGGAAUCCGAACCACCACCUAAGCCGGCGCCGAGGGGGAGGGGUAGACCCAGAACUAGAUUGGCCGCCAAGAAAUCUGAGCCGCCGUUGACGACACCGUUAUUGAUCCCUGAAAGUUUGAAGAAGGCGGUGGUUGAGGAGGAAGGUGUGGGUGUCAUGGGUGAUGAAAGAGUUGGUGUCAGUGCUAAUAAGGAUAAGGGUGUUGCUGCUGUUCCAGAAGAAGAUGCCAACUCUCCACCUCUUCCAGAAAGGGUUCAAGUAGGAGGAUCGCCUCUCUAUAAGGUAGAAAGGAAACUUGGUAAAGGUGGAUUUGGCCAGGUUUUUGUUGGCCGUCGCGAGCGUGCUAAUGCUCCUGGAGCUGUGGAGGUGGCUCUGAAAUUUGAACAUAGAAACAGUAAAGGUUGCAGCUAUGGCCCUCCUUACGAAUGGCAAGUAUACAACACACUUGGUGGUAGUCAUGGAAUACCUAAAGUACACUAUAAAGGAAGACAAGGAGAAUAUUAUGUGAUGGUCAUGGACAUUCUUGGUCCAAGUUUGUGGGAUGUAUGGAAUACCUCAGGCCAGUCGAUGUCUCCUGAGAUGGUCUCAUGUAUAGCUGUUGAGUCAUUAUCAAUACUUGAGAAGUUGCACGCAAAAGGUUAUGUACACGGAGAUGUAAAACCAGAGAACUUUUUACUAGGUCAGCCCAACACAGCACAGGAGAAGAAAUUGUUUCUUGUUGACCUUGGUUUAGCAACAAAAUGGAAAGAUUCGUCGAGUGGAAAGCAUACUGAAUAUGAUCAACGCCCCGACAUGUUUAGAGGGACUGUUCGAUACGCAAGUGUUCAUGCUCAUCUAGGAAGAACUGCCAGUAGAAGGGAUGAUCUUGAAUCACUUGCAUACACACUAAUCUUCCUUCAUAGGGGCCGAUUGCCAUGGCAAGGUUUCCAGGGUGAUGGUAAAUCCUUCCUCGUUUGCAAAAAGAAAAUGGGAACAUCUGCUGAGAUGUUGUGCUGCUUUUGCCCUGCUCCUUUUAAACUAUUUCUCGAGACUGUGGUGAACAUGAAGUUUGAUGAAGAACCCAACUAUUCCAAGCUAAUAUCCUUGUUUGAUGGUAUACUCGGACCUAAUCCCGCAUUACGACCAAUUAAUACCGAAGGCGCGCAAAAGGUUGGGCAAAAGCGGGGUAGAUUAACUGCUGAUGCAGAUGACGAACAGCCCAAAAAGAAGGUUCGUUCAGGGAUUCCUGCUUCCCAAUGGAUUUCAGUUUACAAUGCUAGACAACCAAUGAAACAAAGGUAUCAUUACAAUGUGGCUGAUGGAAGAUUAGCACAGCAUAUUGAGAGGGGGAUUGCAGAUGACCUUCUUAUCAGUUGUGUAUCAUGUUGUUCCAAUCUAUGGGCACUUAUCAUGGAUGCUGGAACUAAUUAUACCGGACAAGUUUACAAGUUAUCACCGUUGUUUCUACACAAGGAAUGGAUCUUAGAACAAUGGGAUAAGAACUUCUACAUUACUUCUAUUGCAGGGGCCAAUAAUGGAAGCUCUGUUGUGGUGAUGUCUAAAGGUACGAGGUAUACUCAACAAUCGUACAAAGUAAGCGAAUCUUUCCCCUACAAGUGGAUAAACAAGAAGUGGAAAGAAGGUUUUCAUGUCACCUCAAUGGGUACUGCUGGAAACCGCUGGGGUAUUGUUAUGUCUCGCAAUGCUGGAUUCAGUGAACAGGUGGUGGAACUGGAUUUCCUCUAUCCAAGUGAAGGAAUCCAUAAACGUUGGGAUAAUGGUUUUAGGAUUACAGCAACUGCGGCCACAUUGGAUCAAUCUGCGCUUAUAUUAAGUAUCCCGAGGAACAGGCCCGGUGAUGAAACUCAGGAAACUCUGCGCACAUCUCAAUUUCCCAGUGCUCAUGUAAAGGAAAAAUGGGCAAAAAACCUUUAUCUUGCCCAUUUGUGCUAUGGGCGCACAGUAUGCUGAUUGAUCUCCAUUACCAUCGGAAUUUGAUUGACAAAAGAAUUAUGGAUUGUCUGCUGCCCUAUCACAUAUAACAUCUUUUUGAAGACAUUAUUUGUGCCAGCAGAGAACCAUAUUUGUUCUCUGUUGUAUAGUUUAUUUUUACACUGUUCUCUACCCUUCUAAUGUAUGAUUUACUUUUGCUGUGAAAUUUGGCAGGGUAAUGUAUGUUUUAUUAGGUAUUAUAUAUGUUCAUCAAUUGAUCUUGUGUAUACUGAUUUUAUCUGUUAUUUUCUGUAUACAAGACAAAACAUUGUUGUUCUCUUUACAUAAAGAAAACUGUUCUCUAAAAA